GCUAACCGCCGCCGUGCUUCAAUUGUGUCCCAGCUAAACGUUUUUCUGUAUCGGUUCUGGUCUGUUUAAGCUCCGGUGUCGCUGUCUUCAUGUUGGCUCCACGGAGGAAAGGUCCGUGGAGCUACUGGGAAAUCGAAGCAACCGAGGACGACAAAAGUGCUGAAAGAAAUGCCCAAAUCUGAGCAAAAAACUGUGCAUACAGCUGGCGAUGUCCAGGCUGCUGGCUCUCAAUACAAUGAAAAGAGAAACAAACCAAAGCCUCCUAAAGGUCUGCAAACCCUGGAGCUCAGAGCUAAUCAAAACUCACGGAUUUGUAGAAAUACAAAUGAUUCAGAAAUGGCUCCCCUGGUGAAAGACUCUAAGCAGACGGACUUUACAGCUUACCUGCGAUUUGAUGAGCAUGGGAUGAUUCUUCCACACAGCAUCCUUGGCAGCUUGGAAGAUUUUCGAAGUUAUUUGGAAAGAAAAGGGGAGACAGAUUUGUUAAAGAAAAUCCCAAAGACUUUGUGGGAUCCUACAUCUGAGGCACCGAGGCCUUCCAGAGACACAAUAGGAAGAAGGAGGGUUUUAGACCAGAGAAGCACCCAGAGUAAUGCCCUGCAGCGAUGGGAUGAACACAUGACCUAUACCAGACGGAAGCAGGAAGAGUUAUCUCACUCCCUCAACAGGCCAGUGGAAACCCUGCUGAUGAAUCAAGCCAAACACUUCAGAGAAACUCAGGACCAAAGGGAAUGUCUAAACCGAGUCAUGCAAUUCACCCACUCUGGAUAUGGUUACCACACGGGCAGUGAGUUUUGGAGUCUCCCACAGCAUUACGGUGAUGAACUGAGUGGUAUUAGAGACACGCUGACUCAGACUGAAAGAGGCCAAAAGAAACCCAUCACAUAUGUUGGACAUCCAAAUAGCAUUCAAAUAGAAAUGGGAAUCCUUUCUAGUGAGACUGAGCGCCCAGCUUCUCGAUCUUGGGCUCAGAGUGCCUACUUGGAAGAAAAGUCCCAUGAGCUUCGAGACAUUCUGAAGGACAUGGACAUCAGGAAACCAGAUUUCAGCGAACUAGAGGUGAUUGGUACCAGAAUCCCUUUAAGCUCUUUGUCAGAGCCUCAAAGUCUACUACUGCAGAAGGAGGAAGAGAAGAAGAAAGAAAAUGAGAUGACUAAGGAACAAUUGGAAACACUAGCAGAAACAGAUGAUGUUCCCUUUAAGGCUUUGCCUGGUCCCGCCUUGAGGAUUCGUGAUCAGCUUGCAAGAUGGACUGGAAAUCAAACAUUCCACGAGGGAGAAGUCGGAAUCAGCACCUGUGUGGUUUUUGAAAGCCAGACUGGACAAGUUGUCUCAACCAACCUGGAGCUGCAAAAUGAAGGAAGUACAGUCAUUUUUUACAGCUGGCAAAAGCUUCCAAAGCGUCCAUCAAGCUUUUCUCACCUGCUUUCACAAAACAACAAUGUCCCCUUUUACUUCAACCCCUCCUCUGGUGUGAUCCUUCCCAGUGAAACCCAGAGGGUUGAGUUUAUAUUUAAGUCAGAGGAGCCAGGUUACUGGACUGAACUUUGGCAACUCAACACCCAUCCGUUGUUGUUGCAAGGAGCCUCAAUUCAGGUUCGGUUGAGUGGAACGGCCAUCCACGUGGAUGAAACUGCAGAUCUGAGAUGCUUUAUAGAGAAGAAGCUGGAAAAUGCUGUUGUGGAAAAACAGCUCCGAUCGAUUGUACAAGAUAUAGUCGAGGGAGUCCACACCCCUGAAAGGCCUAGCUCACCUGCAGAGCUUUACAUCACUGAACAACAGCUGUUCAACAACAAAAACCCCAAGGCUGUGUUGUCUCUGCCUGAUGGAGAGCCUAUCAAAGAAGACUCUUUGCAUCCGCAAUUUUCUGAACCACUUGAUGUAAACCACCAUCUUCUCACAACUGCCAUUACAGUGCGGCCACUGUGGACGAAACUUCUGGACUCAAUGGCUGAUGAAGCCAUGAGGCUGAGAGAUGGGAUGGGCCUUCCAGAGAAAGAAACUUGGGAUGACAUGGCUUCUCAGUCACCCACAGACGACAAGAUUCACGACAAGCUGGAACCGACUGCCAAAGAGGACAAGAGUGGCUCAAAGUCCAAAGACACCCGCAAAUCAAAGGGCUGGUCACCAACAGCUGGCAGGUUAUUGGAGGAGGAGAGAAAAAAGCAAGGAAAGCACCCAGAUUCUGUGGCUGAUAUCAGUUCAAAGAGAACCAUGCAAAGCCAGAGUGUUGAUUCAGAGACAAUCCUUACCUACAAAACAAUCCUGCAUAAGAAGGUUUAUGCCUUGGUGGAAGACUUUCUGGAUAAUCUGUGUGACCUAAUGGACGACCGUGAUCUACAGAGUGAAAACUGUUGCGCCUAAAAUGGUGGCAAAAAAUGUUUUAUGUUUGUUUUUGUUAAGUGAAU